UCCUCUCACUCCAUUUCUUCUAUGAAGGAAAGCUAAAAGAGCAGCAUUUUAAUGCCCCAUCAACCGCUUUUAGCCACUCCUUGCUUUCUUAAAACCUUUUAGCGAAAGGGCUUUCCAAAAGUUUCAAUUUUUAUAUCUUUUAUUUUCACACCCUUUGUUGUUUAAGGGAUGAAUAAACAAGAUGUCAUGAAGAUGCAGACAUGGGUUCUCAAAGUGAAUAUACAGUGUACCUGUGAUGGGUGUAAGCAGAAAAUAAGGAAGCUUCAGCAGAAAAUUGAUGGGGUGUAUACCUGCAGCAUAAAUGUAGAUCAAGGGAAGGUAACAGUGACUGGUAAUGUCGAUCCGGCUGUGCUCAUCAAGAAGCUGAAGAAAUCUGGGAAACAUGCUCAGCUGUGGGGUGGGGCUCAAAAGGGAGGUUCUAAUAAUUUCCCAAACCAGUUCAACAACAUGAAUAUGGAUGCUGGCAAAGGUGGGAAGGACAACAAGUCUCAAAAGGGUGGUGGCGGCGGCGGCGGAGGAGGAAAUAACCAGCAGAAAGGUGGGCAGCAAUUUGUGCUACCACAACAUAUGCAGCAAAUGAUGAAAGGGUUUAACCCUCCCAAAGACCAGAAAUCUGUCGAGUUUCACUUGCCUGACGAUGAUGGAAGUGAUGGUGAUUUCGAUGAUGAGUUUGACGAUGAGUUCGAUGAUGAAUUUGAUGAUGAGUUCGAUGAUGAUGAGUUUGAUGAUGAGGAAUUUGGUCACGGACAUGGUCAUGGGCAAAUGCAAAACAAGAUGGUGGCUAUGAUGGGAAAAGGCCAUGGGGGGCCAAAUGGUGUGAUGAAUAGCCAUGCCAUGAAUGGUAAAAAAGGAGGUGGUGGUGGUGUUGUGGAUAAUGGAAGGAAAGGGGUAGCUACUGACAUUCCUAUGGUGAUGAAAGGCAUGGGGGAGAACAAAAAAGAAGGGAAGCAUGGUAAUGGAGGAAAGAAAGGAGGUGAAAAGAACAGCAAAGGAGGAGGGAAAGUAGAUAAACAUGGUGGUAAAAAAGGGGGUGAAGGAGGUUUACUUGGGUUUUUCAAGAAGGAUAAAGGUGGAAAAGAUUCAAGUGCUCAUAGUAAAAAGGGUAAAAUUGAAUGGGAUGAUGAUGAUUAUGUUAAUAACAAAGGCUCUUCUCAUAAUGGAAAAGGAGGCCAUGGUGGUGGUGGUGGGAACAAUAAUGGCAAUGGAGCUAAAAAGGUGGGGGCAAAAUGGUGGUGGUGGGGGUCCCCAUAUUGACAUCAUGAACAAAAUCUAGAGUGGUGGGUUUCAAGACAUUGAUGUUUUUAAUCAUGUCAAAGGAGGUGGGGGUGGCGGUGGUGCUGCCAGUUUCGUACAUGGAGGCGGCGGUAGAGGAAAGAAUACGGGGCAAAUGGGUUUUAACAUGGGCCAAAUGGGAAACUACCCAAUGAACCAGAUGGGUAAUUUU